AAGAUGACAGGUUCUCGUGAUGUGAUAUAAAGACCCAAGAAAUAUGGUGUCGCUCAAAGCUAAGAAAAGGUUGACUUAUUUUACAAUGGGUGCAUACUUUUUCAUGGGAGGAGUCGAGUAUGCUGUGAUCCUGCCCAGUGCAUGGUUGUACAUCCACACCCGGUUCAAUGCAGAGGAGUACUACCUGGGUUUCAUGCUGUCUGCCUUCAGCUUCUCAGGGAUGUUUGCUGGGCCACUGAUGGGCAGGUGGGCAGACAAGUCACGCCGAGUGAGGUUGAUACUACUGUUUGCUGUAUUGUUUGAGAUCGGUGGCAGCUUCAUGUACUUCAUAGGAAUAUCCAAGUACUUCCUGAUUGUCAGUCGACUGGUCGCAGGUGUCGGUGUUGGUGGUGAGGCUGUGAUAUUGGCAGAGAUUGCCCGCUUCACUACAGAACAAGAGAGGACAUCGGUGAUCUCAAAACUUAUAGCUGUCCGACAGUGUGGGCUGUUGCUAGGUCCGGGUUUCAACUUCUUCCUGACGCUGGUCGAUUUUAACAUCGGUCCUUUCAAAGUGGACAGGUUUUCAUCACCCGGGCUUCUGAUGGCCUUGAUCUGGCUGAUAAUGGAACUGCUUCUGUUGCUUCUCUUCACCGAACCGGGGGAGAAGUGUUCCGGCAGGUGCAGACGCCACACUGCCACUGCCACGCCAAACAUGUAUGGUUCCAUAGGCAAUGCAUCAUUUUCCAAUAUAUCAGUGGCAAGCUACGGGUCUCUAGGUAAUGAAUCGCUAGGCAGUGUUUCUAUUGGAAAUUCUUCCGAACUUAUUGAGUCUGCAGAAAGACUUAUGCAAAGUGACUCCUCGGGGAUGGGUGACAAGGACAAAGUGACAAAACGAAAGAAUAGCCGCAGUAGAAAAUUAAAAGGAUUCUUAGACUCCAAGGAACAUCCAGUGUUGCCGAGAGAAGAAAGUGUUACAGAUGUGAAGGACCCUUUCAGUGAAGGAAGGCUUAAGUUCUUAUAUGAUGAAUAUAUCCGAGAAGAAAUAGUUGUGCUGCUCGGAUUACAGUUUAUCACUAUAUUUGCUCAGGUCACACUAGAGACAAUGUUAACUCCACUGACAGACAGGCUGCUUCACUGGAACGAGCUUCAGAACAGUUUUCUGUACUGUGGGGCUGGGGUGGAGAUCAUCUUAAUCUUUAUAUUGACGAGCUGGUUGAGUCGGAAGAUCGAAGAUCGUUAUUUGAUUGCGAUCGGCGGGUUUAUUCUGACAGUUUCCAACGUGUGGUACCUGUACUUCCUACCCACCUGUACCCCGGACAACCCGGGCUGGACGUUACCCGGUUUUAUUGUUGGCACCAUCUUUGAUGUGGCCGGUCUGCCAUUCCUGCUGGUGUGUGGGGUAUCACUGUAUUCGAAACUCACACGCAGGGAAACACAGGGUUUGAGCCAGGGCGUUCGAAGGAGUGUGACAGGUCUUGGCACCAUCAUGGCGCCGCUGUGGGCUGGGUCGACCGUCUCCAUGCUGUAUGUCGGUAUAGGGGUGCUAGUGGCUCUGCUGCUUAUAUCACAGAUCAUGUUGUGGUUGUCCUUCAAGUGGUUGAAGCCGCCCCAGUCACCGCCCUCCUCCCCAACAACAAACCAUGAAGCUGACGCCGCGGAGAGGCAGCCGCUGGUAGCAUGAGCCACACCAAGACAUACAAUCAUGACUCCUUGUCAGAGAUCAGGUCUCACAAGUCAUGCUACUGUGUCACAACCCUAUCACAGACUCACUUAUUGGGUGAACUUACAUAUUACUUGUUGUCAGAGGUAAAGUCUCACAAGCCAGUGACCUGACCUGAGAGGCAGCCAUUUAUUAGCCUGUAUUAAAUCCAUGACAUAUACCCUCUGCCUGAUUGAGUCUCCACUAAACCACUUUAAAAUCAUUAUACAUAUCCAAGCAUUUAGAUACAUUUCUUUCUUGGCAUGUAACAUAUGUUAUAUUAUGGAUUACGCUUUCUCAGUAAAGUACAGAUUCUAGUACUUUUUGGGGGGGUUGAGUCCA